AUGGGUAAUUCUGUAUCCAGAAAUCUCAUAGCCACAACUUAUAGACUGGCCGAGGAGCUGACACAAGAAUAUGGAAUUCCUGAAGAAGUAUCCAUAAAAGUUACAACUACAUAUUUGAAGCUCUUCAGAAAAUGUCCAGAUAAUAGUACCUGCACAUUAGAUGCCUGGCGAAUGAUAUUAUGGAAUAAAGCAUUAGGAGAAAAACUUUCAUAUUUAGCCAAAAAAGUUUACGAACGUUGGCUACAUUUAAGAUACCAAUAUUUGGCAUUAGAAUCUGAUACGAUCGUAUUACUUCGACGGUUGAGAAAAAAAUAUUUAUUGGGAUUAAUAACGAAUGGACCGUCGAAUGCACAAUGGGAGAAAGUGAGAAAACUUUCAUUAGAACAAUACUUUGAUGUUAUUUUAGUAUCAGGUGACUUGCCAUGGGAAAAGCCGGAAGCAAGAAUUUUUGAAGAGGCAUGUCAGUUUCUUAAUGUGACACCCAGUAAUUGCAUAAUGAUUGGUGAUAAAUUAGAAACAGAUAUCUUAGGUGGAAUAGAAGCAGGCUUUGGUGCCACUGUAUGGAUACCAAUUAUAGAUAAACCACGCUUGUCUGUAGAAGAUCCACAACCUGAUUUUACUGUAAGACGUUUAAUGGAUAUUUCAAAUAUAUUGAACCGUAAACCAGGUGCUCCAGAACUUGAAGAUACUUCCUCUAAUGCUUCUGAUGGCAGUUAA